GUGGACCUCACCCACACACAUUAUUUGUCAAUUAAGACAAAGAAGGACACUUCCUACCUCUUUCCUCAUCCUUGUGCUCGACCAACCCCUCCAAGGAGAAGAAAAUUGAACUCUCAAAACACUCUCCAUUGCUGCAACUCGAGCUCAAGCCAUAGAGGUCCAAGGAGGAAGAUUUGAGAAGGAAAAAUCUAGGAAAAGUGUGAAUGAUAAAGGAACUUGUAAAGGGUAUUUCAAGUGGUUUCACAAAGUUGGAAAAGUCGCCGGAGUUGUCGCCGGAGUUGACCAAAAGUCGCCGGAGUUUCACCGGAGUUCAACUAAGAAGGGUAGAACUUCAUAACGCUAGUUCAAGGUUGAAGCUAGGGCUUGCCACCUGCACCUUCCUACGGGUGACAUCAAAUCAAGGAAGACGUGAAAUGGAGGGUAAGCGAAUGGCAACAAGAAAUGACCCUAAGGGACAAGCGUCGGUAGCUUACCUUGAGGCUAGCCGGGCUGUGUCACGAGCCUUUACGGGGAGAGGAAUAGGCCAUGGGGGCCGUGAGGGCCGCCAAGCGGCAAACGCUAAUCAAGUGGGCUCGAUGUGUAACAUGAACACCAGGAGGAACGAACGUAGGCGUCAGGCGAGGCGAGAUCGGGCCACCUCCCAACGUGAUAUGACUGUCAGCCAAACCCAUCCUUGGGCAAACGACCAAGGAGGAGAAAGCACUCUUACGGCACCGGCAUCACCGGUGAAAAAGAAAAGGAACUCAAAGUGGCACACGUCCUUUCCUUACUCCUUAAGACCAUCCAAAUGUUCUAAUUGCUCUCAGAAACAUUUUGGAAAGUGCAACGAGCCCCCGAUGUGCUACAAAUGUGGGAGCACAACCCAUAUGAAAUUAAGUUGCCCAUGGAGGAGGCAACGAGAGACAUUGCAAGCCGAGGAAGGGCUCACCGUGGAAGGAAACCAUACGGAACCAACGAUGAGCAACGCUACGUCCGUCAAUCAAGGCGGGGCCCAAGCAAGGGUCUACGCAAUGACCGAGGCGGAUGCGAGAGCAAACCCGGACUCCGUUGCAGGUAAACACGUAUUCCCAUGUAUUUCUAGGCUUACUUUGGUCAUAUACGUCGUUGGGAUUGAGUGCGGGCCACCCCGGGGUCAAACCGGGUGAGUUAGGCCGAAUCGGGCUGGAAACAGCCACUGCUGGCCAGGCACGCCCGCAGGCACGCCGUGCCUGGCAUCGUGCCUGGAAGGCAGUGGCACCCGAAGAAGAAGAAAAAAAAAAAAAAAAAAAAAAUUGGGCCAGGCACGGCCGCAGGCACGCCGUGCCUGGCGUCGUGCCUGGAAGGCAGUGUGUCCGAAGGAAUUUUUGGCCAGGCACGGCCGAAGGCACGCCGUGCCUGGCAUCGUGCCUGGCCGGCAGUGGCAAGCAGGGUGAGAUUGUUGCACGCA